UUUAUCUUAUCCGUAAUUUUAUAUUCAUUGUCUUGAUUUCCGACUUAAUACAGUAUUUUCAUAAAUGAAUGCAACAUGCGUAUAGAAACGUGUUAUUUUUGUUCGUCUCGAAUAUAUCCGGGACAUGGAAUACAAUUCGUAAGAAAUGAUUGUAAGAUAUUUAAGUUUUGUCGAUCAAAAUGUCAUGCUGCAUUCAAGAAAAAGAAAAAUCCAAGGAAAGUAAAAUGGACUAAAGCAUAUAGGAAAACAGUUGGAAAAGAGUUGGCAGUAGAUCCAUCAUUUGAAUUUGAAAAAAGAAGAAAUAUUCCUAUUAAGUAUAAUAGAGAGUUAUGGCAUAAUGCAAUUGAUGCUAUGAAAAAAGUAGAAAAUAUCAAACAAAGGAGACAAAAUCUACAUAUAAUGCAACGAUUACGUAAAGGACGAGAAUUAGAAAAAGAAAGAGAUAUUAAAGAAGUUCAACGUGAUUUAUCACUUAUAAAAUCACCUGCUGUAGGGUUAAAAGAAAGAAGGAAAUUAGAAGAAAUUACUGAACAAGACAAAAUGCAGGAAUCCAGUGAUGAACAAGAACAAGUAGAAAUGGAAAUGAAUUAGAUUAAAUUGUUAUGAAAAUCAUUCAUUCAUUUAUAAAAUAUUUAUAUUAUGAUGAUAAUAAUUAUUAACAAAACCUUUUAAAAUCAUAUAUUAAACAUGAUUAUGAAUAAAAUUUUAUUUAUAAUAAACAAUAAGUUAUAUUAUAAAUUGUUAUUAAUUUUUAUACUACAACAAAAUAAUUUGUAUUAAAAAUUUGUAAAUAAAAAUACAAUAUAAAAUUAACUAUCAACAAAUAAGUAAGCAUUA